CUUCUUAUUUCCAGCAGCAACAAUUUUCCCAGCCAACUUAAUUCUUCUGACCCGACCCACCUCCUUUUUCUAUCACAAAAAAGACCCACUCCAACAAUACAUACAAUACAUACAGCGAUUACAACGACAACGACCAGACCCAGACCCCUGUUACCCUUCUUCUUCACGCAGGAAGUGACCAGAAACGAGCCAACAGCCCAGAAAAACGUACAGCAGCUGUCCGACGCGUCAAAAACACGCAGCAAAAGCAACGAAAAGCAGUAGCUGUUCACGCGCCUUCUUCGGCCUAGUACUGUUUCUCGUACAAGCGCAGCAGCAAAAGCAAGUCGUGCUUUCGUCCUUGCAGCUGCGAGAUGGAGACACGUAGCGUCUCAAGGAUGGGUGAUUUGAUCCCACCUGUCCGUCCCCCUUUCCCCUUUCGGAAUGAGUCAAAACCUCAAGAAAAUGGUGUUUUAGUCGAAGGGUGAAAGGUUUUGGAGUUUUUGAAUUUUCAAAUUUGGCCUUUUGAAUAGGAUUUUUUCUUAUCCUUUUUCCCCCAUUCGAAACCCUAUUUCCCUGCUAUAUAUAUGGUUUAUUGUUCACUGUUGAAGGGGGGGAUUUUUUUUUAGUUUUAAUUUUUUUUUUAGAAACGUUUGCUAGAGAAAACAGAGGGGAAAUAUUGAGAGAAAAAGACUCUGAUACUCAAGAAAUCAUACACGUUUCCUCUAAAUCCUAAGUCGUGAGAGAGCUUUUGUUUGGGUCCGGGUUGCAUUUUGUGGUCAGCUGCCCGAGAUUUGAAUUUGUGUGGUGGAAGAAGUUCGUCCUCUCGCUGCUGUCCGGUUCGCUGCCCAGAAGAAGUUGGAAAUGGUUAGAAUAUGGGGUUUAAGUAAAGCCAGCCCAAUAUAGCUUAUAUCAGCUUCACGUACCCAGAGGAAGUCGGCGGCGGUUUCCUUUACUGAUCUCCGGCGACUGCAGAAAAUCAUCUCCGACAGCAAUAAUGGGUAAGAAAUCAUCGAGGAAGAAUGGAGUUGGUAAAGCACUUGGUUCAAUUACAUUAAGAGAAGAAUCAGGUGUGAAGAAGAAACAAACUCAUGUUAAUGCGAAAUCGAUGCUGAAAUUGGAGCAUAUAAAGGAUAUUGCUACCUGGGCUAGUGGCGAAGGUUCCAUACCUUCACUUGGUGCGUUUUUUGGGCAGAGAUUAGCUGUAGCAGCUGAGUCUUUGGGUGUUCCACCUGACCCUUCAUUAUUUACUUGUCAAAGGUGUGAAUCUAUCCUUCAGGCUGGCUACAAUUGUACAACACGGAUUGAGAAGAACAAAAGAAAGGCACGAAAGAAACUCAAGACAUCCGGUAUUCCCCCGAAGAACUCAGUUGUAUAUGAGUGUCAUUUCUGCUCACAUCGGAAUCUAAAGAGAGGAACCCCAAGAGGCUAUAUGAAAAGCCUAAAUCCUGCUAAACCAAAAACUUUAACAGUUGACCCUGCUAAAUCAGCAACCCGAAAGGCAAAAGUUGAUCCUACUGAAUCAGCAAUGCAAAGAUCUGAACAUUUGGGCACGUUAGUGGCUAGUAUCGAUAAGGCAAAAGUUGAUCCUACUGAAUCAAUAAUGCAUAAGUCUGAACAUUUGGAUACGUCAGUGGCUAGUACUGAUAAGGCAAGUGUUGAUCCUACUAAAUCAGCAAAGCAAAAGUCUGAACAUUUGGAUACGUCAGUGGCUAGUAUCGAUAAGGCAAGAGUUGACACUACUGAAUCAGCAACCCAAAAGUCUGAACAGUUCGAUGCUUUAGGGGGCAGUACCACAGAUGUAAUAGUUUCAUCUGAACUAGUUGGAGAAGAUGCUAUGGCUGGUCCUGCAACUCCAUUGUCAACAGUUACGGUUACUUCUCUGUUGGAUUCGAAGAAGAGGAAAAGAAAUAGAACAGGGUCCAAGAAGAAAGAACCUCAGGAUGGUUCAUCCAUGACAGAUGCUGAGAAGACUGUCUCAACAUCCAGUAAGAGAAAGAAGACGUCUUGGACUAGUUUGAAGGAAAUUGCUGAAAGUCAGAGUAGCAAUAGCAGGAAGUUCUUCAAUAUAUCUGUUCCAUUUAUUCUUUGAUUGUGAAAAUUGUAUUUUGCCCGUAGAGCACCCCC